AUGAGUUCAAUUCAAUCUACAAGUACUCAAAAUGGUAAAAUUAAUCAAAUGAGAAGAGAUUCAACUGUUUUAGGACAAAUGAAUAAGAUAUUGGUUGCUAAUAGAGGUGAAAUUCCAAUUAGAAUUUUUAGAACAGCUCAUGAAUUAUCAAUGCAAACAGUUGCUAUAUAUUCACAUGAAGAUAGAUUAUCGAUGCAUAGAUUAAAAGCUGAUGAAUCUUAUGUUAUUGGUAAGAAAGGUCAAUUCACUCCAGUUGGUGCAUAUUUACAAAUUGAUGAAAUUAUUGAUAUAGCUAAAAAACAUAAUGUCAAUAUGAUUCAUCCAGGUUAUGGAUUUUUAUCAGAAAAUAGUGAAUUUGCUAAAAAAGUUGAAGAGAAUGGUAUUAUAUGGAUUGGUCCAUCCUACAAAACAAUCGAUGCAGUUGGUGAUAAAGUUAGUGCAAGAACUUUAGCCAUUGAAAAUGAUGUACCAGUUGUACCAGGUACUCCAGGUCCAAUUGAUAGUGUUGAAGAUGCACAAAAAUUCGUUGAUAAAUAUGGAUUACCAGUUAUUAUAAAAGCAGCUUUUGGUGGUGGUGGUAGAGGUAUGAGAGUUGUACGUGAAGGUGAUGAUAUUGCAGAUGCUUUUAAAAGAGCAACAUCAGAAGCUAAAACUGCUUUUGGUAAUGGUACUUGUUUUAUUGAAAGAUUUUUAGAUAAACCAAAACAUAUUGAAGUACAAUUGUUGGCAGAUAAUUAUGGUAAUGUUAUUCAUCUUUUUGAAAGAGAUUGUUCAGUUCAAAGAAGACAUCAAAAAGUUGUUGAAAUUGCACCAGCAAAAAAUUUACCAAAAUCAGUUAGAAAUGCUAUAUUAACAGAUGCAGUAAAAUUAGCUAAAAGUGCAAAUUAUAGAAAUGCAGGUACUGCUGAAUUUUUAGUUGAUGAACAAAAUAGACAUUAUUUUAUUGAAAUUAAUCCAAGAAUUCAAGUUGAACAUACUAUAACUGAAGAAAUUACUGGAGUUGAUAUUGUUGCUGCACAAAUUCAAAUUGCAGCUGGUGCUUCAUUACAACAAUUAGGGUUGUUGCAAGAUAAAAUCACCACCAGAGGUUUUGCAAUUCAAUGUAGAAUCACUACUGAAGAUCCUGCUAAAUCUUUCCAACCGGAUACUGGUAAAAUUGAAGUUUAUAGAUCAGCUGGUGGUAAUGGUGUUAGAUUAGAUGGUGGUAAUGGAUUUGCAGGUUCAAUCAUUUCACCACAUUAUGAUUCUAUGUUGGUAAAAUGUUCAUGUUCAGGUACAACUUUUGAAAUUGCAAGAAGAAAAAUGAUUAGAGCAUUGAUAGAAUUUAGAAUUAGAGGUGUUAAAACAAAUAUUCCAUUUUUAUUAGCUUUAUUGACAAAUGAUGUGUUUAUUAAAGGUGAUUGUUGGACUACUUUUAUUGAUGAUACUCCUUCAUUGUUCCAAAUGAUUAGUUCACAAAACAGAGCCACUAAACUAUUACUGUACCUUGCAGAUCUUUAUGUUAACGGAUCUUCUAUAAAAGGUCAAAUUGGUUAUCCAAAAUUAGAUACUGAAGCAUUAAUUCCUGUUUUACAUGAUCCAAAAACUGGUAUUGCAAUUGAUGUUCAACAUACUCCACCACCACGUGGUUGGAGACAAGUUUUAUUAGAAGAAGGACCAGCUGAAUUUGCAAAAAAAGUUAGACAAUUUAAUGGUACCUUACUAACUGAUACAACUUGGAGAGAUGCUCAUCAAUCAUUAUUAGCAACAAGAGUUAGAACCAUAGAUUUAUUAAAUAUUGCACCAACUACUGCAUUUGCAUUAAAUGGAGCCUUUUCUUUGGAGUGUUGGGGUGGUGCUACUUUUGAUGUUUGUAUGAGAUUUCUUUAUGAAGAUCCAUGGGAAAGAUUGAGAAAAUUAAGAGCCUUAGUACCAAAUAUUCCAUUUCAAAUGUUGUUAAGAGGUGCAAAUGGUGUUGCAUAUUCUUCAUUACCAGAUAAUGCAAUUGAUCAAUUUGUUAAAGAGGCAAAAGAUAAUGGUGUUGACAUUUUCCGUGUUUUUGAUGCAUUAAAUGAUUUAGAACAAUUAAAAGUUGGUAUUGAUGCAGUUAAAAAAGCUGGUGGUGUAGUUGAAGCAACUGUUUGUUAUUCUGGUGAUAUGUUAAAACCAGGUAAAAAAUACAAUCUAGAAUACUAUCUCAAGAUGGUUGAUGAAAUUGUUGAAAUGGGUACUCAUUUCCUUGGUAUAAAAGAUAUGGCGGGUACUUUGAAACCAGGAGCUGCAAAAUUAUUAAUUGGAGAAAUUAGAAAAAAAUACCCAGAUUUACCAAUUCAUGUUCAUACACAUGAUUCUGCAGGUACUGGUGUUGCAUCAAUGACUGAAUGUGCUAAAGCAGGUGCAGAUGUAGUUGAUGCUGCUUCAAAUUCAAUGUCUGGUAUGACUUCACAACCAUCAAUUUCUGCUAUAUUAGCAUCAUUAGAAGGGUCAAUAAAUACUGGAUUAUCAGAAUCAUUAGUUAGAGAAUUAGAUACUUAUUGGCAACAAAUGAGAUUAUUGUAUUCAUGUUUUGAAGCAGACUUAAAGGGACCAGAUCCAGAAGUUUAUUCUCAUGAAAUACCAGGUGGUCAAUUAACUAAUUUAUUAUUCCAAGCUCAACAAUUAGGAUUAGGUACCAAAUGGUUACAAACUAAGGAAACUUAUAAAAUUGCAAAUAAGAUUUUAGGUGACGUUGUUAAAGUUACUCCGACAUCAAAAGUUGUUGGAGAUUUAGCUCAAUUUAUGGUUAGUAAUAAUUUAACAGAAGAAGAUGUGAAUAGAUUAGCUUCAGAAUUAGAUUUCCCAGAUUCUGUUUUAGAUUUUAUGGAAGGUUUAAUGGGUAAACCGUAUGGUGGGUUCCCAGAACCUUUAAGAACUAAUAUGUUAAGUAAUAAACGUCAAAAAUUAGAACAAAGACCAGGAUUAACAUUACCACCAGUCGAUUUUGAAAAUAUUAAGAAAGAAUUAAUUUCAAGAUAUGGAGAUAUUGAUGAAUGUGAUAUUGCUUCGUAUGUAAUGUAUCCAAAAGUUUAUGAAGCAUACAAAAAACAAGUUGAGAGAUAUGGUGAUUUAUCAGUUCUACCAACAAGAAAUUUUUUAAAACCAGCAACUGUUGGACAAGAAAUUAUAGUUGAUAUUGAACAAGGUAAAACUUUGAUAAUAAAAUUAUUAGCAAUUGGAGAAAUUUCAGAAAAAACUGGAACAAGAGAAGUAUUUUUUGAAUUAAAUGGUGAAAUGAGAUCAGUUACAGUUGAAGAUAAAACAGCUUCAGUUGAAACGAAGACAAGACCAAAAGCUUCACAACCAAAUGAUGUUGGUGCACCAAUGGCUGGUGUUGUUAUUGAAAUUAGAACUCAUAAACAUCAAGAAGUUAAAAAGGGAGAUCCAAUUGCCGUGUUGUCUGCUAUGAAAAUGGAAAUGGUUAUAAGUGCACCAGUAAGUGGUGUUGUUGGUGAUUUAUUAAUUAAAGAAGGUGAUUCAGUAGAUGCUAAUGAUUUAAUUACAAGUAUUUUGAAAAAUUAG